UCAUACACAUGCGCAGUAGACGUAUCCCAAGCUGCUAUUCAUGUUCCCACCUGUAGAGUGGGAGUCAAAACAAAAAAUCUCCAGGAAAGUCGUCCUGACUUUUUAACAGCAAGCUAACUAGCUAAAACACGCAGAUGCCGAGAACGUUAGCAAAAUUGUUUCUUUUUCUAUUAAAAUUUAGAUAGCCACAAAGUCCGUUGGUUCGGUGAAUUUCAUAAUGGAGAAUCAAAAGUUCCGGUCUUUUUACAACUUGUUUUGGUCCAUUUUCGUGGCAUAGCUGAGAAGCUAACGGUGUUUAGUUAAUUUCAGUUAGCUUAGCAUUAGUCUCCCCCAACAAAAAGCCCAGCCUCUUCUGAGCUUUGGACGGCAGAAGUUUCUAACUUUACUCCCUGGUUUCUUUGGCAGUAAAACUCUUAAAAUGUCCAUCCUUGGCUUGAAGAAGAAACAGCCAAAGACUUUCAAAGUCAAAGUCAUCACCAUGGAUGCUGAAAUGGAGUUCAGCUGUGAGGUGAAGUGGAAAGGUAAAGAUUUGUUUGACCUGGUGUGUCGCACAGUUGGUUUGAGGGAGACCUGGUUCUUUGGACUCAGGUACACAGUAAAAGACACUUACGCCUGGCUGAAACCAGAGAAACGGGUCUUGGACCAGGAGGUUCCCAAGGACUCUCCCAUAACAUUUCACUUCCUGGCUAAAUUCUUCCCAGAAAAAGUAGAAGAGGAACUGGUCCAAGAAAUUACUCAGCACCUCUUCUUCUUACAAGUGAAAAAACAGAUAUUAGAUGAAGAGAUAUUCUGUUCCCCUGAAGCAUCUGUUCUGCUGGCAUCAUAUGCUGUCCAGGCCAAGUAUGGGGACUAUGACCCAAACUUUCACAAGCCAGGCUUCCUGGCACAAGAUGAGCUUUUGCCAAAAAGAGUUCUCAUGCAAUAUCAAAUGACAGCAGACAUGUGGGAGGAGAAGAUCACAGCUUGGUACGCAGAGCACAGAGGCAUCGCUAGGGAUGAGGCUGAGAUGGAAUACCUAAAGAUUGCUCAGGACCUUGAGAUGUAUGGUGUCAGCUACUUUGCCAUUACUCAAAAUAAGAGGGACACAGACCUAUUACUCGGAGUGGAUGCUCAGGGUCUUCACAUUUACAGCCCCAACAGCAAACUCAACCCCAACAAGUCCUUUCCUUGGAGCGACAUCCGCAAUAUCUCUUACAGUGAAAAGGAGUUCACAAUCAAACCCCUGGACAAGAAGAAAGAUGUUUUCAAGUUCUACUCAUCUCAGCUGCGUGUCAACAAGCUGAUCCUGCAGUUGUGCAUCGGUAACCAUGAUCUAUUCAUGAGGAGAAGAAAGGUGGACUCUAUUGAAGUGCAGCAGAUGAAGGCUCAAGCUAAAGAGGAAAAGGCUCGCAAAAAGAUGGAGCGUCAAAUCUUGGCACGGGAAAAGCAGAUGAGGGAGGAAGCAGAACGAGCAAAAGAAGAGAUGGAACGAAGACUUUUCCAGCUGCAGGACGAAGCAAGACUGGCCAACGAGGCACUGCUGCGAUCUGAGGAGACAGCAGACCUCCUGGCAGAGAAGGCCCAGAUUGCUGAGGAGGAGGCCAAGCUGCUGGCCCACAAGGCUGCAGAAGCUGAGCAGGAGAGACAGAGGUUAGAGGUCACCGCCAUGAAGAGCAAGGAGGAGAAAAGGCUGAUGGAGCAGAAGAUGAGGGAGGCAGAGCAGCUGGCUGUCAAACUGGUUGAGCAGUCCGAGAGGAGGUUGAAGGAGGCAGAUCACCUGAAACAGGACCUGACAGAGGCAAAGGACGCUGAGCGUAGAGCCAAACAGAAGCUGUUGGAGAUCACCAAAACAACAUACCCUCUCAUAGCAGCUUACUCUACUCCACCUGCUCCUCCUGAAGCACCCGAAUUUGCCUAUGAAUCGGCAAAUACACGCCUCGACUUCAAGGACUCUGACAUGAAAAGGCUGUCUAUGGAGAUUGAGAGAGAGAGGCUGGAGUAUAUGGAGAAGAGUAAACAUCUGCAGGAUCAGCUGAAGGAGCUGAAGUCAGAGAUCGAGUCUCUGAAGCUGGAGGAGCAGCAGCAACAGGCUGGCCUCUACAGCCUCCACAGUGAGGCGAGGGGAUACGUUCAGGAGCCUGUCUACAUACCUCACAGCAACCGAAACUCUGCGUACAUGUCUCAGAUGGCCUUCUUCGAAGAAGUGUGAUCAUAGUCCUGCAAGACGAGGAAAAGAGGGCACCAGCUGUUGUGAUGCAGUAUUUUUCUCAACAUGUUUGGUUCAUUUUUUACCUGGCUGAAACUAACAAACAGACAAAUACUUACAUCAUGGCCAUGUGCUUUGGGAAGACUUUAAAAUCUAUCCUCAACAAGAAACAGCCACUAGUUUGGCUGCCUGCACAGGCUGACACGCUAGGUUGUACCGCCUGAUACACUACAGCACCUUCCAUAUUUCUUUCAUAUGUAAUAAACACAUUAAUGUGUGCCAUAUAUCUAACACUGAUUCAGGAUAUGGUGCUGGAGAUGGAUGUAUGAAUGAGUUUUUAUUUGAUGAUGGUUUCUUUUGUGGUUUUAAGGGAUACUUAGCUGUAAGAUCGUCAGAUAUAGAAUCAAGCCCUAGUGACAAGUUACACAUUAAUGCCUGAAAACAUUUUGGGACAGGGUUUAAGUUAAUGGAUUUUGUUUUGCUUGUUUGUUAGUUUGUUUUUGUUUUGUUUUCUCGUUUUGUUUUGUUUUUUGUUUUUGUUUUUUUCCAGAAACCGGCUUUAGACAAAGUUCCUGCAUCAGAUGUAAUUAAGUAAAUUAUCUUUUAUGAAUGAGGAAAUUUCAAAAGGUAUGAUAUCCUGAAGAUUUUGUAAAUAUAUGAGCUUUCGGUCAUUUUCUUUCAAACCAGCAAAGUGUUUCCAAGCCCAAAUGUCCAAAUUUCUAAAUAUACCUUAACCAAGCCGUCAUUGAAUGUAGCUAUGAACACUAAUCCUUAAUCAGUGAUAUGUCAUGUGAAAAUUAACAAUGUGGUGGUGUUCAUAAAAGUAAUUUAUAAAAGCAGUAAUUGCAAAGCAGUAAAGUCCAGAUUUUACAAGCAGAUGUGUGCAGGGACAGUGUCUAGAGGUGACACUCCAUAAAAAUGUCAAGGUCAGUGUUUGAGCUUUGUUUUGGUCUUUGAAUUGUAUUUUCUUGCUUUGUUUGUUACAAAGUUCAUGAACUGCCUUAACUAAUAACAGCAAACAGGUGCCUUUUAUAGUUUCUAGUGCCUCAUCAUGGUAGUUAAGAUAAAUGUAGUAUACAAUUACAAGCUUGAGCUCUGCCAUUUCAAGUUUUUAUAUUUUGUACUCUAGACUGUUGAUGUGCCUUGAACUAUUUUUUACGAUUAUGAUUUGAGUUACUAAGGUUUUAUUUGAUCUCAUUGUGCUCAUGUGUCUUAGCGUUAGGGUUUCUUUAAGUUUGGGGUUGAUUUCAUGCCCUAACUGUUUUACAGAAUAGCAGAUUGAUGGCGUUCUUGUUCUUCUUUUUCUCUUUUCUCAGGGUUAGUGUUGGAGACAAUCACUGCAGGUAGAAUCUCAUUGUAUUUUUCCCCCUGAGAUAUACAGUAUGGUAUCCAUUAAUGUUGACCUUUUCUGAAGAGGCUAUUUUCAUUUAACAUGGAUAAACCUAACAGUAAUUCACAUGAUAAAUAUUUUUGCCAGCAGAGGGUGCACUGCAUUUCACAAAUAUAGAGAUGGGCCAUGUGAAUGAACUUUUACUGUACUACACUCCUCAUUACUUUCUCAAAAAGGAAAGGCUGGAUGACAAAUAUAAAGCCAGAAAUUCUGCAUGUUUGUUUAUUUGGGCCGACCUAUUAGACUGACUUUCUUAUGGACUGAACAGCAAUAAUUGUUUGGGUCAUUAUUGCCCUCAUGACUUGGUUAUCAAUGAGUAAGGCUUACUUUGCUAUUGAGUAAAUGGCAUUGUAUCACAUGUCCAAGUGAAAACGUUCUUUUUUUCACCAACGCAUUGCUUAAGUGCUUUAGUUUGCAUCUUUGAUCUUAUUUAUUUGUGCUAUAAAUCCUUAAAUAAUA